AUGGAGCCAGGGCUGCAGCAAGCAGGCAGCUGUGGGGCCCUGUCCCCUGCCCCAGUCAUGCAGAUGCCACCCGACUCGGUGGCCAGCGCCUGGAGAAGCACGAGAUCCUGGAGAACCACAAGUCACAGCUACUUCUACCUCAGCACCGUCACGCUGGUGUGCCUCGUUGUGGCAAUGGCGAUCAUACUGGUCCUGGUAGUCCAGAAGAAGGACUCCACUCCCAGAACAACUGAGAAGGUUCCCCUGAAAGGAGGAAACUGCUCGGAAGACCUCUUAUGUACCCUGAAAAGAACUCCCUUCAAGAAGUCAUGGGCCUACCUUCGAGUGUCAAAACAGCUCAACAGUACCAAACUGUCAUGGAACCAAGACGGCCACAUUCAUGGAGUCGGAUACCAGGACAGGAGCCUGGUAGUCCAGUUCCCGGGCUGGUACUUCAUUAUUUGUCAACUGCAAUUCUUCGUGCAAUGCUCCAAUCAUUCUGUGGACCUGACAUUGCAGCUUCUCGUCAAUACCACGGUCAAGAAACAGGCACUGGUAACAGUGUGCAAGUCUGGAAUUCAAACCGAGAACAUCUAUCAGAAUCUCUCUCAGUUCUUGCUUAUUUACUUACAGGUCAACUCCACCAUAUCAGUCGUGGUGGAUAACUUCCAGUACGUGGAUACAAACACCUUUCCUCUUGAAAACGUGCUGUCCAUCUUCUUAUAUAGUAGUUCAGACUGA